AUGGCUACUGUACGGCGUCUUCAGCAGACUUUGUCUCACUUCCAGUCCCCGCGGACGACCCCACAGCUCUCAAUUGUGCAGGGCCCGACUGAGCCGGCGUUGCUCGACAUCACAUUGGGCGAGCUGCUGACGCUACAGAGCCUUCACUAUGGCGACUACGAAUGCUUGGUCUUCCCCUGGACGGGAGCUCGCUGGACGUAUACGAACUUGAAUGAUGAGGCUGACCGACUGGCUCGGGGCCUGUUAGCGAUGGGGGUUCAGAAGGGCGACCGCAUUGGCAUCAUGGCUGGUAAUUGCGAGCAGUACGUUGCGGUCUUCUUUGCCGCGGCGCGCGUGGGUGCCAUCCUAGUCGUCUUGAACAAUACCUACACUCCUUCCGAGCUGUACUAUGCUCUAGAUCAUACCGACGUCCGCGUGUUGUUCUUGACCCCUCGGAUUGGGAAGCACUCUCUAGAAGAAGUGCUGGAGACGAUGGGUCCCAAGCCCAAAAAGGCCGGCAACUCGGCCGCACUGGAGGAGAUUGUCAUUCUACGAGGCGAGUAUCAAGGGUUCAGCACUUACAACGACGUGAUUCACCGUGGGUCAUCGCUACCCAGCUCUGCCUUGCCCAACCGGGAGAUGGAGCUCAGCCCGGCGGACGUGUGCAACCUCCAAUUCACCAGUGGCUCGACUGGAAACCCCAAGGCGGCCAUGUUGACGCAUCAUAACCUGGUCAACAACUCGCGCUUCAUUGGCGACCGCAUGGACCUGACCUCCUUCGACAUCCUCUGCUGCCCCCCGCCUCUCUUCCACUGCUUCGGUCUGGUGCUGGGCAUGUUGGCUGUUGUCACCCAUGGGUCCAAGAUCGUCUUUCCCAGCGAAACAUUCGACCCCAAGGCUGUCCUCCUCGCCAUCUCCGACGAGAAGUGCACCGCCCUGCACGGCGUACCGACCAUGUUCGAGGCGAUCCUGAGCCUCCCCAAGCCCCCCAACUUUGACACUCGCAACCUCCGCACUGGCAUUAUCGCCGGCGCGCCCGUACCUCGCCCUCUGAUGAAGCGACUCUUUGAGGAGCUGAACAUGACGCAAUACACCAGCAGUUACGGUCUCACCGAAGCAUCCCCCACCUGCUUCAACGCGCUCACCACCGAUACCAUCGAGACCCGAUUGAAGACAGUAGGCAAGGUCAUGCCCCACGCCCGGGCCAAGAUCAUCGACGCCGAGGGCAACAUCGUUCCCGUCGGGCAGCGCGGCGAACUCUGUAUCGCCGGCUACCAACUGACCAAGGGCUACUGGAAUAACCCGGAGAAGACGGCGGAGACCCUCACGACGGACGCGGAGGGCACGACCUGGCUGAAGACCGGCGAUGAGGCCAUCUUUACUCCGGAAGGUUAUUGCACCAUCACUGGUCGCUUCAAGGACAUCAUCAUUCGUGGCGGCGAAAACAUCUACCCCCUCGAAAUCGAAGAACGCCUAGCUGCACACCCAGCCAUCGAGGUUGCCUCUGUCAUCGGCAUCCCAGACCAGAAAUACGGCGAAGUAGUGGGCGCAUUCAUCGCCCUCGCCGCCGGCCACGAGGACAAGCGCCCCUCGGUCGAGGACCUGCGGAGCUGGACCCGCGAGACGCUAGGCCGGCACAAGGCACCGCAGUACUUGUUCGUGUUCGGAGAGGAGGGCAUUGACCGCACCGUCCCUGUAACGGGGAGCGGCAAGGUCCGCAAGGUCGACUUGCGCAAGGUUGCCGCGCAGGUGUUGGAAAAGCGGGGGGAGAUGACUGCCUGA